AACACCGUACGGAAUACAACUACUUUUCGUCCGCGCUUUUUAAUCAAAAUAAUAAAAUAAUCUCAUACAAAACAUAAGUCAAUUAUAUUUAAUAAACAUAUCAUAACAUUGUUUCCGUUUUGUUUUAUUUAUUUAUUUAUUUUUAUUAAAAUCGAAACGAAACAAUAACAACAACCAAAAGCAAUGGCUUCAAAUAGUGAAGAAAUCAUCCAAUAUCAUACAUUUUUAAAUAACAUUGUUAAGUCUACAAAUCCUCGAGAUUCCACAGAGUGUGCUUUGAAGACGAGCACGACGACAACGGCUUCUGCAACAGCCCCCCAAUUGAGAAAUCGAACGACCUGCCCCGCCGACGCUGAAGGCGAAGUCAUCUAUUGGAUUCUUAAGUUUCUAGAUGAAAAUAAAUGUCCCACCAAAUUGAUAUCGCCGAUUGUUCGUAACGUCCUGCUUGAGAUAUUAAAUGACGCUAGGUUCAAGGAUCCAAAUUGUCUGAGAAACCUAGCAACAACAAUUGUUGAGGACUUUUGUGCUAGUUUACUGAAUAACGUCGAGUUAAAUAAAAUCAUUGACACAGCGACAUCGCCCGAGUUAAACGAUGACCUUUUGUCCAUUCCAAUUAGAACCUCUGGAGCAUCAAUGAACACCCGUCGCAAAAUGGAAGACCGCACAAUAUGCAUUGAUGAAUUUCAUAAAGUCUACAGUAUGACGAAUUCUACAAAAUCAAGUUUCUACGGCGUAUUUGAUGGGCAUAAUGGUUAUACAGCAGCUCACUAUGUUGCAUCUCAACUGCCAUAUAAUAUUUCAAACACGUCCAAUCAAACAACAGAUCCUGUAAUUUUACUUCAAAAAGCAUUCCAAAUAACUGAUUCAAAUUUCAUAUCAAGGGGAGCCACAAGUUCUGGUACAACAGCCUUGUGUGCUCUCUACCGUCCCGAAGAGAAACGCCUAUUUGUUGCCUGGGCAGGUGAUUCCAAAGCUAUGUUAGCUAAACAACAUGGAAAAAUAAUGCAACUUGUAACUUCACAUCGACCAGAUUUAGAAAGAGAAAAGAAACGUAUACUUUCGUGUGGUGGGUUCUUAAAUUCAAUGAGUGGUGUUUUAAGAGUUAAUGGAGCCUCCAAUGUAAGCCGAUCAUUGGGAGAUGCUAGAAUGAAACCGGCAUUAACAUGCCAUCCAGAUUGUGUCAUAGUGGAUUUGGAUGGAAAUGAAGAGUUUUUGGUUUUGGGCAGUGAUGGACUAUGGGAUCACGCACAUGAAACAGAAGUUGCGAGAGUAGUGUAUGAUUGUAUCAAGGAAGACUGUGAAAACUUUGAUAUAAUACCAAGUCGUUUAAUAAAACUUGCGCAAGACGGAAAGUCUACAGACAACAUAUCAGUUGUUGUGAUCUUCUUCAAGCAUCCAUCACAAAUAGCCAAAAACUGCGAUAAACUAACAAUAAUGGAAUCUGAAUUCGAUAAUAUCAAGGAAGUCGAAUACUACGACUACUCAAGGAAUUUUUAUCCUUCGGAUGAAAAUACAACAAGUAAUAAUUCACAUACCGUCGAUACAAAACAGAUGCGAUGGUCACCAAAUGAUAAUGAUAAUUUGAACAACAUUAUCAGUGAUGAAGUCAACCAGACUACUACCACGACCACAACCACGACAUCAGCUUCAACCAACAAUGGACAAUUUGAUGGCAAUCUCUUAAAUUCCAGCGAUAAAAUCGAUUUAAACCAAAAACUCUCUCCAUUAGUUGGUAGCGGGGACGACAACAGCUUGCAUCACGCCUCAACACUGGAAAAUAAUGGAGAAGAAUUCCUUGCCACUGGAGGUUAUGACAACAAAAAUGGAGAAUUAUUAAAGCCAACUAUGACUAUGACUUCUGAGUUGGAUGACAACGACGACGAUGAAUACGACGAAGACGACAACAACCAGCAACAUGAGAAAAUAAUCCUGGCAAAAAAUCAUCAACCCCACCAUCAGCAAUUGGUCGAUGCCGAUGGUGAUUACGGUCCAGAGACAUGCGUCGAUGUCACCGAUGACGUAGUCAUGAUGACAGAGAACUCUGCCGAUACAAAUAAUCUUUCUGAACAGUCUACGUUGAGUCAUUCAAAGGAUACACUUCCAUCUUCAGAUAAUUGUAAUCCAUUCGACAACAAGAACGCUUUAGACAUGGAAGAAACCAAUGAAUUCCAAAUGGGACACGCUGGUGUGGAUAGUCAUAUUCAGUUGGACGAUGCGAAUAAAGCUACUCCACUCUUGUCUCCAGAAGUCGAGGAUUUGCCACUGAGUUCUGAUGGCCAGAUGCAUUUCACCAACGAAGGUUACCAGCAGAGUCCAAUGGAUGAUGAGAUCCCCGUGGGUAUUGGUUGUAAUCAGAACCAGUUCGAGGAAGAAUUUAUGCAGAGCAACGGUCACUUGUCACCUAUCGAUGUGAAAGACAACGAAAUGGAGAAGGAGGAAAAGACACACGAAGAGCAAAGUGAAACUGAAGAAAUUGAUGCAUUAGCUAAGCUAGAGCGUUUUGGAGACUUGGAACAGAAUGAAGUGCAAGACAUGUCCAACCAGAAACCCGAAUUGGUUGAAAACUUCUUUGGAAGUCCAAUCGAAGCAGAACCAGUUGUCCAAGAGAAAGAAAGUAUUUUUAACAAUUUGAACAAUGACGAGAAUGACUUCCGAUUGAAGGAUGAGGAGGAAGUUUUAGAGAAACACGUGGUGGAGUCGGAAGAAUUUGCUGUAAAAGAAUCGGAGGCUUUGGAUCUGAGCCAGAAGGAAAAACUCCAGCAAUCUCUGCAUAACCUAGAAGUUGAUGUUCUCGAAGAGAAACCUAUUUUAACUGGACAUUAUCUUCCAGAGGAAAUGAAUUUCGAUGAUUCACCAACGCAUUUGGAGACUGAGGACUACGAGGAAAAACAAAAUGAGUUUGCCGAUGAGAAGCAGGACAAGGAAGAGUUCUCCGAAAAGGAGGACAAAGUGGAGGAGAAAUUAUCAUUUGUGGAACAAAAGUCGACUCCAAGUGAAGAAAUCGAAUUGGAAGAAGACAAUUGCACCCACUUGGAAGAAGACGUUCGUCCCAGUGACUAUUUGUCAAUGCUCGAAAGGCAGAAGGAAGAACAGCAGCACGAACAUAUGGGUCAGUUAGAUGAAGGAUUUGAAAAGGAUGUUCAAUUCGAGGAAGAUGAUGCAAUGAUAAAAUCCGAAAACGAAAAAGAACAUGAAAAUUCCUUAUUCGAGGACGACAACAAGGUCAGUGAUGAAAUGAUGGAGAAGGAAAAGGCACAUUUCGAAGAACAUCUCAGUAACGACAAUCAGUUGGUAGACAAUGUCAUUGAAAAACAAUCCUUCGAAGUUGAGGAAAUCGAAAAGAUUGCUGAGCUGCAGAAGCAACUUCAACAACCAGAUGAAUCCUCAAUGAUUGAUGAAAUACUGGAGAUCAAUAAACUGGAAGCAGAAGUAGUGAAUAUGAUUGAAGAACAAAUCUCAUUGAUUGAAGACUCGAUUAUUCAGCCAGAAAAACAAUGCUUUGAAGAGCCAGAGAAGAUCCAAGAAAAACUUGAUAGUGACGAAAAGGAAGAGACAUUUGAAGAAAUCGAAAAACAUCUCGAACAAACCGUUGAAGACGAGUUACCUUCAAAUGUAAAUAACUUGGCUGGUUUCGGAAUGGAACUAGAAAACUCUCGGGUUGGAAGCUGUGAUGAUCUGGUGUCAGAAGAAAUGGAAAAACAACUCGAAGAAAAUAGUGAGAAACAUUUACAGGAUUCAAAUACCUUAGCUAUCGACGACGAGGAACUUGAGAUUUCACACGAACAAGACUUGGGUGAGCGAUUAGGUGAAGAAGUGGAAAAACAACUCGAAGAGAAUACCGAAAAACAGUUGCAAGAGACAAAUAGCUUUGCUGUUCAUGAAGAGCAAGAAUUGGAGAACCGGGAAACACACGUGCAAGGCAUAGACGAGCCAGAACUGGAAGAAGUGGAAAAGCAACUUGAAGAGAAUACUGAGAAACAAUUUGAAGAUUUGAAUACUUCUGCUGAUCUUGAAGUAGGACUUGAGAAUAACGAUGUUCAAGCUGUGGAAGAACAAUUGAAUAACUUAGAUGAUUGCAAAGACGAAAAAGAAAAUAAGCUCUUGGUGGAUGAGCAGACAUUUGAUGAAGUUGAAAAACAACUCGAAGAAAAUAAUGAAAAAUUGGCUCAAGGUUCUCAAGCAAUGUCUGACUUCGAUGUUGAAGAAGAAGAAGAACAGCAAGCAUUAAACCAUGUCGAAAAUGAACACGAAGAACUAAACGACAGUUGCUUGGAAGAUAUUGAUAAACAGGUGCAAGACUUAGCUGAAUUCGUAGAAGACUUAGAAAACAAGCAUUCAGAGGAGCUUAAAUUAGGUGAAACUGAGCAAUUACUAGGCGAAUGUACAGAGGAACAAUUGCAAAAGGUAGAGCAACAAGUUCUAGAUGCAGCAGCUCUUCGAGCCAAACAAUCUGAAAAUGUAAUUCAGCCAUUUGAAGAUCCAGAAAUCGAUCCCGAAAAUAUGGUAGAAGUGGAAGAACCUAUUAUUGUCAAGGAGCAAAUUCCAAUAAAACCUAGCGUAGUGCCGGUAUCUGCACAAGAACCUUCGGCUGUGCAGCCUACACACGAGAGUUGCGAUGAAUCUGAGGACGAUGAAUGGAAAUACACAAAAGAGGGUCAAGGCGAAAAGCAGUUAGGAUUACAAGGUGAUACUGUUGUCGAGGAGGAACUACCCCAGGAACUGGAAGACGCUGGUGUUACAUUCUCGAUUAAUGAACGAAAGGCAUCAGGAAAUAUCCUGCAACAGCAAAUCUCUAUAAACACAUCAAAUCUUAUCGAAUCGAUUAAUGGUACAUUUGAGGGCUUGACACAGAAUAUAACAGAGUUGGCUGAUCAAGCUGCAGCUGCUGCUGUUACCCAAGCUAAGGAAGAGAAAAUCGAAGAAGGUAUUCAGAAUCUUAACCUUUCACAGAGCUCAACACGUGAGAAAUUAGAUAACAUCGAAGACGACGAAGAUCUAUCGGCAAGUGAAAUGAAUUCCCGACUCAAUCCCGAAGCUAAGGAAUUCGUUCCAACCUUCUCGCCACCAUCAGCAACUGCAGAAAAUGGUUUUAAUGGACAAACACCAAACGCAAUUCCACAACACUUCAAGGACGAGCUGAUUUCACAGUCUCCCCGCAAGGGUCGUGAAUCGAAUAUGGAAGACAUCAAUAUCCCAGCUGAGAAUGAAUUUGAACAGGAAAUCGCCCACAAACCACACGGACUGCCCGGCGAUGAGGCUAUCACAGAACCAACAGAGAAUGGUGGUGUUGAGCUAUUAAACUGGAAGGAAGCAAUGCAUGGAUCAGAGAAGGAAGAAGGACCUUUGGUGGAUAGUCCAGUUACAGAAGAGAGUCUUGAAGCUGUUGACAAUCAAAUGCAAUUUUCUAUGCAACCUGUGUCUGCUCCUGUUGAUUUGGAUAACGCUGGCAUGAAACAGUCGAUUUAUAUUGAGAAUAACACAUCAAAUGAUGACUUGAAUUCCGUGCAAGUUCUCCCAGAUGAAUUUACUGGAAUUGGCCAUGAUUCGUCGGAGACAUUGAACAAAGUAACGAAUGAUGCAAUUAGUAAUGAUGAAGUCCAAGAGAUUCUUGCCUUGGCCAGUGAUGAAAAGAUUGAGACUAAAAUCGAAGAUGAAAUCGAACAAAAGAUGGAACAAUUAUUGUUAAAUCAUGACAAAGACUAUACAAAGGAUGUCAAAAUGGAGACAGAAGAAGAGGUUCCAAUUAAUGGUGUUGAGAUGGCUCCAGAGCCAUCCUCUGUUCCAUCAUUGGAAGAACCAAUUAAAGUGUCAGAACCUAUUCAUGAACAACUACAAACACCAACUGCACCAGCCGCGGAAUUGGCCCCAUCCCCAGUUCCAGUAGCCGAAGAAGCUCACGAGGGUCUUUCUUUGGGUGCAGCUGUUGCAGUUGCUGCUGCAGCUACUACUGCAGCCGUAGCUACUACUGCUGCCGUUAAAAAAGUCGAAGAUGAGAAGAACCAAAAGAAUCUGAAAAAGACUUCAUCAGCCACAAAAUCGAAAGUUCCUGAUACUAAGAAGCCACUCGCAAAGACUUCCACCGUAUCAUCAGUUGCUGCUGCUAAGCGUACAUUAACUGACAAGCCAAAACUAGCUGUUGCAGGUUCGUCAUUAGCCACUAAGAAGACUAUCAGUAGCACAGUCUCGUCGGCUGCUCCUCGUCCACGUGCAGCAGCACCAGCAGCCAAAACAACACCUACAGAAAAGAAAACUACCACAUCUACUACAAGCACAGUUAAGUCACGAAUUGAUGCCAAGCCCCCAACAACUUUGAACGCUCGCAAGCCACUCUCAAGCAGUGCUCCUAAAACUACAUCGAGCAAUGAAACAAAAUCAACUUCUUCAACAGUCAAAUCAUCUACAAUUGGAAAGUCUUCAUUGGGAACUAAACCAUUGGUUGGAUCGACAAGGACAUCUGCAACAAAUUCGAUAACAAAACCACGACCAGCAACAGCUUCUUCAGCGGCAACCACAAAUGGUAUCGCCACUAAGACAGCUACUGCUGCGAAACCAACAACAUUGGCGCCAAAGAGUGCUGCAAAAUCAUCAACCACAUCGCCGCGUGGCACAUUGACUUCAACACUCCGUAAGACUGAAGCAAUUAAGAGUCCAACUAAGACCACAUCAUCAACAAUCACAUCGCGUGUCAGCACUAAUGGUGUCACCAAAUCGACCACAACAUCCCGAACAACGACCUCUACUAAGACUACAUCAUCAUCAUCAUCAACAGUUCCAGCAACAACUCGAACUACAACUUCACGACUUUCUGUUACUGGAACAACAACUGGAUCAACAACUCCCACAUCCAAAACCAAUAAUCUUCUUCCAAGAAAAUCAACACCACUGAAGAAAACCAUCACCAAUAGCAGCUCGACGACUCCAAAUGCCCGUAAGAGCAUUGGUUCAAAAUUGAAUUCCCCGGCUACCAAACCAACCAAAGACACUAGUACUCCUAGACCUGUUACGAUUCCAGCUCAACAUCAAAAUCAAAAUUCCAUUGCUGCUGCCGCUGCUGCAGCUGCAGCUGCUGAAGAAUCAAAGAAGAAUGCUGCUGCUGCUGAAGCUGCAAUUGCAACUGCAACUGAAGAGCCUAAACUAAAUGGUAAUGCAUCACCGGAUGAUGUACUAUUACCAUCCACAGAAGCAGAUCCAUUAGCAGUAGCAGCUGCUCAUCCUCUCAUCGAAAUGGAAACAGCUUAAACGAUAUGUUUGGAGAAAAAUUUAUUCGAGUCCGAGUGGAAUAUAUAAAUUUUCAACCAACAAAAAGCAGUCCUUUAUUUUUAUUAUUAACUGUUAAUUUAUUAAUUUUAGAGAGCUGAUUGGUGUUUGAGUUUGUGAUGUGAUGAUUAUCAAACACAUUGCGUAUCUGCAGUUUAUUUCUUUUUAAAAAUAUAUACGAAACAAUUAAAACUUAAACGAUUAAUAAUCGCAUCAAUGAUUAAAAUCUCAACAUCAAAAAAUUAAGCUUCUUUCCAGAGUCAAGAAAAUAAAACUAGUUUAUAUUGAAGUUGUAGCGGUAGUCUCUUAAAACGAAUGUAGUCCUUCCAACAAAACAAAUAUAAAAAACAAAAAUAAGCACGAAAGGAUACCUACAUACAUAUAUAUAUAUAUUUACGAAUUUAAAUCAUCAAAUGAAAAAAUAAAGAAAAAGAAAAAUAAAUAACAAAUGAAUGAACUUAAAUCCUUCUUACACCUUUCGUCUUAAGAAAAAGGAUGACAAAAGAGAGGAAGCAAUUUUAGUUUUUCUUUUAUUUUAAAAUAAUUUUUAUCACUAACAAAACACAAAAUGUAUUAAAACAAAAGAAAUAUUUCAUUUUACUAUCAUUAAUAUUAAGUUUUUACAGUUCAUUUAUUAUUUUUAUUUCUUCUUCCUUUGUCCGCUGUUGUGUCGUUAUUUUAUUAUUAUUUUUUUUUUACAUUUUAUUUUCAUUUAUUUUUCGUAUUAAAAAAAAAACAAAAGUUUUGUGUUAUUUAUUAAAAAUUUAUUAUUAUUAAAAUAAAAAACAAAAAAAAAAAAACUAAAAGAAAGGAAAUCAUAUUAAAAGUGUUUUCUUAAAGCAUGUGAAGAAGGAUUGGGUAGUGUGAAUCAAGAUCUGGAUAUGGAUCUGGAUCUAGAUCCGUGUUACUUACCUAUAAAAUAAACAAAAAGUAUAUCUACAUUAUAAUAAAACAACAAAAUAUAUUAAACACAAAAGUAAUGAAAGAAAAAGAAAAGUAAAAUCUUUUUAUUAUCAAAUGUAUUUGUAUUUAGAAAACUCUAUCCCAGUGCAUGCUUUUUUUAUUUUGUUUAAGGUAAAAAGAAAAGAAAAUCAAAAAAAAAAGAUAAAAAAAACGUCCUUAAAAAUUAAUAAUAAACAAAACAAAAAUCACAAAAACAUGCUAAUAUUUUGUUCCUCUUUUUUUAAACCAUAGUAUUUUUGUGAAGAAAUCAAUGUUUAUUUUUCUUAAAUUUCAUUUUAUAAGUCUCAUAAUUUUUGCCUGACUUGUUAAUUAUUAUUAUUUUUUUGUAUUUUAUUUGUAUUUCUUGUUUAUGUUUAUCAAAAUUAAUAAAUAAAAAAAAUAAAAUUGAAAAUUAUAUGUUUCUUGUCUCUUGAUUGGAUUUUUCUCUUGGCAUAUUUCUUAGAGCCAGUUUCGUUGUGCCUCUUUUGAAUUAAAAAAGUAAAAAAUUAUAUAUAUAAUUCCCAUGUGUACUUCUUUCCAAAACAAACAAAAAGAAAAUAUGUAAAGCUUUUUUUUAAAAAAUCUAUUUAACCUUAUUAUUAUUAUUCUUAAGUAAAAAAUUGCCUUCUCCCCUUAGUGUAUUUGAUAGUUUGUUUCCAUUACAAGAAAACUGUUUUUCGAAAUUAAGAAUAUUGUAUUGUGUGCUUAUGAAUUCUUUUUGCAGUUAUUCGAUGAUUAUGUUUAAAAAAGAAAAGAGAUUUAAAAUAAAACAAAACAAAAAUGUUAAAUAAAUACAUUUCACAAAGUUAAAUGAUACAAAACAUAAAAAUCAAAACCACUUUAAAUGUGAAUUAAAAAAAUUAAACUAAAUGGAAUCAAAUAUUCUCUUCUUGCAUUGAAAAUUAAUUUUAUUAUUAUUACCAAAAAAGCAAACACACAAAACGCAUGCAAUAAUUGUGUUAAUUUAUUAGAAACAAAAACAUUAAAGCGACUCACCCAACUCACGAAUUGUUUAAUGUGAGUUGUGAAAGUGUAGUUAAAAACAUUCAAAAUAUUUGACGAUCUUAAAAAAAUUUUGUGAAACCAAAAAAUAAAUCACAAGAAACGAGAAAAUUAAAACUCUAUGCAAUUAGAAAUAAAAAGAAAACAAAAAAGCUCACGAGAAAAUAAAA